AUGCAUUUCCAAGAGGAUUUUCAAGAGGAUUUUCAAAAGGACUUUCAAGAAAAUUCUCAAGACUCUCAACCCGAAUCUAGUUUAUCAAGAAAAAGAAUUUAUAAUAUUGAAAUUGGUGAAAAUGAUAUAUGUCAAGUUUUUAUUAAAAAAAAUGGAAUAGAAAAAAAGUGUGAAACAGAAUAUUUUCAUGACAAGUCAACAUCAAACAUAAUUGCCCACUUGCGAUCAUCACAUAAUAUUAUAGAUGAUAAAAAAUUAAAAUCUGAGGUUCAACAAAUACGUCAAACCAAGUUACCUGAAAUAAUAAAUGUUAAUACUCCAUAUAAAGGCAUCAAACAAUCAGAAAUCAAUAAAGCAGGAUUUCGCCAAAUGAUGGCAAAAAUUGAUCCAAAAUUUCGUCCUACUUCCAAUUGGCUAAUUAAAAAUCAAAUUGCACUUAGUUAUUUAAAAAAUGUUGAAUCCCUUCAACAUGAAAUUGCAUCUUGCCAAAAUGUCACAAUAACCGCUGAUAUAUAG